UUCUUGUCGUUGGUACUGGGGAGGGGCCGCGCCGUUAACUGCGUUGGGUGCAGGGAAUGGGAGUGGAGGAGCUGUCUCUUUAACCACCGCCUUCUAUUGGCCGAACUCGUGUACCUGGCCUCCCUUCCUGGGCGCGUCCUCAUUUAUUCCCGGAGAGAGGAUCCUUGCUUCACUCAGAGAAAGAACAAAGACAUAUCCCAGAUUUUCUUCCCAGGGGAGAGCUGUGGUGGAGGAGGGCUGGUCCCACCCCUGCCCCUCACCCCUCUUGGGGCUGUCCCUUUGCCCAUUCCUCUCAAUCACCUCCAGACCUUCCUGCCUUGUCCUCCUGCCAGUGUAAGCUCUCCUUGCCAGGAUGUGUGUGUAAUGGGGUGGGGGAGUGCCUUACAGCUGACACUUAGUUCAGGCUGGAGGUGACCUCGACCCCUACCUUAUUUUUAAUCCCUUACUUGGAGUAGAGUUACCCUGUCUCCCAGUAUAAGAGGCUGGCUGGGAAACAGCCUUUAUACCUUCCUCCCCACCCAGGAAGGAGCCUAGAGUAAGCUGCACAUUGAGUUUGAAUUCCAGCUCACCCAUUCACUAGCUCUGUUAUCUUUGGCAAAUGACUCAACCUCUGUGAACUUCAGCUGUCCUCGUCUGUUCUCGUGGAGACAGUCUUGUACUAGCUUGUGGUGGUUGCAAGGGCAGCCGAGGGCAGGAGAAGGUAUCUGCAGGUGGUGGCCCCAUGUGGGAUCCAAGGAGGUGGUGAAUUUGAUGCCACCACACGGGUGUCUCUGGAAGCUGGGGUCAUGAGAGGUGUUUGGGGCCUGGGGUUGGGGAGGUGCUCAGUUUGGUGGCUGCUGUCAAGGCCUCAUCUCGGCAGGCCAAGGCAUGGCUGAGGAGCACCAGAUGCUCUGAGCUGGUCUCAAAUCCCCAAUUGCUGCCGGGCAAAGGCAGACAAAAACAAAAUACCUGGGCUGGUGGGCUGAACGUCAGGAUGUGGGCAGGGGCAGCGGGCUGCCCCUGGAGUUGAAUUGUGCCCAGGACUGGGGUGAGGACAGUUGAGAACAGAGAGCAGGGGUGUAGCAGAAAGAAAUACUCCUCUGAGCCUAGAGAGAUUUUACUGAGGAAGGGGAGAUACUCUAUUCUCCGCACCCCCCCCCCCAUCUCCCGCCUGCGCGUUGAAGCUGCACGUGCUCUUUACUGCCAGGAAUCUUGCCUGUGGAGGGUGAGGAUGGAGCACAGGUUAGGGUGAGGUGAGAAGCUGGGGAUUCCCCUCAUUGCCUCUGCCCACACCCCAGUGUAGAGCCCUCUCGUCCCCAUCCUUCUGGAAAAUGUAUAAACUGUCAUUCACCACUGUCCCAAGUGCCUAGAACAGUGCCUGGCUGGCAUGCAGAGGUCUUCGGUAAAUAUUUGUAAAAAGGAAGAGCGCCUCCAUCUGGAGCUAUGUGGGUCUGCCCCUCCCCUCCUUGUCCUAUGGCCCAGAUGUGGGCUGUGGGGCUGAGGAAGGCCUUGGAGAGGCUGGAGUUUACCCAGGGAGGGGUUGAGAGGAAUUAUUGGAGGGGGGGGUAGAAAGGCCCAUCGCGGUCCUUUCUUGGGGUCCCCAGGGCUGUGGUCUCAGGCUGGGGCCUGGAGCACUGGCUGUACCUGUGAGUUGACCCACCCCCUCAGCUCCCCUGCUGAGACUGCUGGCUGUCUUAUCUCCCAAGCUACAGGGCUGGGUUUUAUCUCCCUGGUUGUGUUUGUGGGGAGGCUUCUCAGAAUGGGGCUGCUCCCUCCCACAGUGAGGCCUGGGGGUUUCUCUCCUGAUAUGCCCUGUGCCGCCACGUUCAUUCUACACCCUUACUCUGGAGGAGCCCAUGGACAAGGCCUGCUGCCUGAGCCUGAGCUAGGACCACCUCCCACAGACCACCCGGGCCCCCUCUGCCCCCACCCUUCUGCUGGCAAGUCUGGGCAAGUCUGAGUGCUGGUCCUGGUGGGCAAGGAAGCCAGUCCUCGCCCAGAACGGUAGAGCUGGCUCCAGAGCUAGGCCCACAUGUUGGGGACACACCAGCACACGCCUGCCUGGCUUUCUAUGCCAUCCGAGGGAAAGCUGUUUCCUCUGCUGGUGCCAGGGAGCCUCUCCCUGCCUGAGCAGGGAAGGGAUACUGAGGGAGGAGGCUGGAUGCCUGGGGACUAGGCAGCCUCUGCUCCCAUCCCUCCAGUCUUCCCUCCAACUUUGUUCUCAGAAAGGGGAAGAGGACAUGGGACAAGCACCGAGGGAGGAGGCUAUCAGCCAGGCAUAACCAAGAACAGCCGUCACCAUGACAACCAGUCACCAGCCUCAGGACAGGUACAAAGCCGUCUGGCUUAUCUUCUUCAUGCUGGGUCUGGGGACGCUGCUGCCCUGGAAUUUUUUCAUGACAGCCACUGCGUAUUUCACAAACCGCCUGGACAUGUCCCAGAACGCGUCCUUGGUCCCUGCUGAACCGAGCAAGGACAUCCAGGCUUCGGCCGGCCCCUCAGCACCCUUGCCAGAGCGGACCUAUCUUAGCGCCAUCUUCAACAACGUCAUGACCUUAUGUGCCAUGCUGCCCCUACUGCUGUUCACCUGCCUCAACUCCUUCCUGCAUCAGAGGAUCCCCCAGUCUGUGCGGAUCCUGGGCAGCCUGGUGGCCAUCCUGUUGGUGUUCCUGAUCACUGCCAUCCUGGUGAAGGUGCCCAUGGAUGCUCUGCCCUUCUUUGUCGUCACCAUGAUGAAGAUCAUGCUCAUUAAUUCGUUCGGUGCCAUCCUGCAGGGCAGCCUGUUUGGCCUGGCCGGCCUCCUGCCCGCCAGCUACACAGCCCCCAUCAUGAGUGGUCAGGGCCUGGCAGGCUUCUUUGCCUCUGUGGCCAUGAUCUGCGCCAUCGCCAGUGGCUCGGAGCUGUCGGAAAGUGCCUUUGGCUAUUUUAUCACAGCCUGUGGGGUUAUCAUUUUGACGAUCGCCUGUUAUCUGGGCCUGCCGAGGCUGGAAUUCUACCGCUAUUACCAGCAACUCAAGCUCGAAGGGCCCGGGGAGCAGGAGACCAAGCUGGACCUCAUUAGCAAAGGAGAGAAGUCAAAAGCAGGCCAAGAGGAGGCCGGAGUUUCAGCCCCCAAAUCUCAGCCCGCCGACGAAAGCCACUCUGUCUGCGCCAUCCUCAAAAACAUCUUAGUCCCGGCUCUCUCCGUCUGCUUCGUCUUCACCAUCACUAUUGGGAUGUUUCCUGCCGUGGCUGCCGAGGUCAAGUCCAGCAUUGCGGGCACCAGCGCCUGGAGAGACUACUUCAUUCCUGUGUCCUGUUUCCUGACUUUCAAUAUCUUUGACUGGCUGGGCCGGAGCCUCACAGCCUUCACCAUGUGGCCUGGGAAGGACAGCCGCUGGCUGCCGAUCCUGGUGCUGGCCCGGCUGGCCUUCGUGCCUCUGCUGCUGCUGUGUAACGUCCAUCCCCGCCACAACCUGGCCGUGGUCUUUGAGCACGAUGCCUGGUUCAUCUUCUUCAUGGCUGCCUUCGCCUUCUCCAACGGCUAUCUCGCCAGUCUCUGCAUGUGCUUUGGGCCCAAGAAAGUGAAGCCAGCCGAGGCAGAGACGGCCGGAGCCAUCAUGGCCUUCUUUUUGUCUCUGGGCCUGGCGCUGGGGGCUGUCUUCUCCUUCCUGUUCCGGGCAAUCGUGUGACCGAGGAUGGACGGAAGGAUGGCACCGGCCGCCUGCUCCUGCCCUCCGUCUCCUUCAGGGAUGGGCAGGGGUCCUCUGGAGGUUUUCUUUCCUAGCCGACUUCUGCUGUCUCACGGCCUGUGCUGGGCCCAGCAUCCAGGCCUGGAGGAGAGAGCCUCUGAGGAUGGACGGUGGGGACACUGUGGGCCUGAGAGUCAGAGUUGAGGGAGGGGACACGGCCUCUGUGUCUGCUCAUGUGCUCCCCCCACCCGCCCCCGCACUUGGCUCUGAUCAAUCCCUGCCUGGCAGAGCGGCAGAGGCUCCUAGUCUCAGUGUGUGUCAUGUGUCUACCUGUUUGCCUGUACCAGGGGUGGCUAGGGGUCAGGACUGCUUGUUCUGAAGUCUUAUCUGAUACUUCUGCCCCCUUCUCCCCAUGUGCCUCUUCCUUCCACCUCCCCAUGUUCUUGCCCAUCAUGAACCCUGUACAGUCGCCAUUUUACUGACUUUUUGUUUUACACUCAAACCAGGUGCCUUCAAAGGCUCUCUGAUUAAAUAAACUCUUUUUUUUUUUUUUUUUCCCCCCUCUCCAUGGCUCCCUGUGUGCUCCAGCCAUGGCUUCAUGCCCUGGAGAGUCUGGGGGGAUGAGCCUGACCCAGAUGGGCCUUGGCCAGCACUGGGCCGGGGUCCAAGACAGGGGGGUGAGGGUGGGUGUUGGUCCUCUUAGUUUCAGAGUGACUACAGUACCUCCUGCUGGGGCCGCAGAGGAGGGACAGGCCUGGAGCCAGGACACCCAGACUGUUGGCCGAGACAGAGGAAGGCCAUUUUCCUUUGCCG